AUCGAGACACGCCGCCACUAGACCUAGCCAGUUUUCCUUCUCUGACGAACUCCGAUCACCGUCCCCUGUAGCAGGCUUCGGCGACUCCCUCUGUCCCGGCGAAGUCCAGCAGCGACGGGGAAGGGCGAUGCCGCGAGGCCAGUCGACGUCUAAGAAUGUAGAAGCUAGAGUUGAGAAUAUUAACGAAGUAUGGAGUGUGUUGCAGGCUGAAAGCAGUGCACUGGCUGUGGGAUCCAACAAUGUGAAUGAGCAUAGUAGCCGUUCUCACUGGAUUAAGUCAUCCCUUAACAGACUUACUUCUCAAGUAAAAUCCUACUCAAUUGAUUUUCUUGUUGUUAUUGAGCCAAUUGUGGCUCCAAAUAAGUUGGACUCCUACAUGUUUAAGCUAGGCUUCACGGACUCCUAGGAUGUUCUUAACAACAAGGUCUGGAUAUUUUACAAUAACGCAAGACUCUUUCUUUGAAAAAUCAAUGAGCUUGAUCAAUUGGUCAAUUGUACUUUUUGGGACAUUUCUAGUAGAGUAUAUGGAAAGCACAUAGGAAGAGAAAGAAGAACACUAUUGAAAAAUAUUAUUGACACCUUUGUCAUUUCACACCAAUGGUUUAUUGGCAGUGAUUUUAAUACGAUCACUUGUUUAAGUGAGCAUAAAGGCAAUACUCCUAA